AAAAAAAUUCCAAGACAUUACACAACACACUACACAGUCUGACUAAGCAGCUUACAUAACCAUUUGAAAUAAUCACAGAUUAUUGGUGUUUGACCAUACGCAGACGCAUUUGUGGUUUAGAUUUCUGUGCAUCAAUGGAGUGUCGGUCAUUUCUGAAUAUAGGAUGCGUAUAUUUAUUGCAUGCAUUGUUUUGCAGAUUUUAGAUUCGGAUUGAUGCUUUGUGACAGGCUCAAUGCAACCGAGCGAGCAAUAAUCUCCACACAAAAGAAAAGAAAGAUCUUGCUGUAGGAUUUACUUCAGGUCGAGUUGGGUGUGUGUGUGUGUGAGAGAGAGAGAGAGAGAGGUGCUUUGUAUUGAUUUUUCUUUUCAUCCUCACGCUCGUGCGUGCUCAUUGUGGUCCAAAGUGAUGUUUUUCUGUUGUGUAAAACCACACUUGGUGGGUGGAUAGACUCGACCAAUGCUUUGCUCAUCCAUUCCCAUUCCCCACCGCCUCGGUGUGUGUGCAUCCUGUGACACUCUGAUAGUGGCAGAUGGUGCAGACUGGCAAAGGAUUGGGCAAACACUAACUCAAGCACUCACUCGCUCUCUCCAUUAAGUCCGAAAAAGCACGCGCUGUAUUCAUUUUAAUAGAAAUAUUUGACUAGUGCGCUUGGAUGGAGGCUGAAGGUGAUGCAAAUUCUGCCAGAGAGAGUGGAGAUGCUCACUCGGGUGAAACGUGCUUGGUUCAGAGCAGCACAGAGGAACAGCUCUCUGAGCUGGGAGAGGAGGCCGAAAUGUGGCGGAACGACACGUACGAUUCUGUCGCGUCAAAGGACAAAGAAUUCAAUGUACGGGGUUCCAAAAGCACCGGGGACAUUGGAUAUGCUGAAGAUGAUUCUAUACUUCUGAACAGUCAAAGUUCGAACAAGGUGCCUCAGCACUCCAACCUAGGGCCGUAUUUCCAGGACGGCCAGAGGCGCAUCGAUUACAUCCUAACCUACAAUGCAGAAAGCUUCCAGCGCACCCGCCACCACUCCUCUAGCACCUUCAAGGGCUUGAAAAAUGGCCUGUGCUGCAUGGGGAAACAGAAAAGGGCCGAAUCCAUCAAGCACGACCUCGAGAGCGCCAGUAAUGCGCACAUCCACAGAGAGGAGUUUGAACAGAAGCUUAUGGACAUGGGACUUGAGCUGGAGAAGGAGGAAGAUGCUAAAAUUCCAGAAGUGGGCUUCCUGAAGAUCCAUGCACCUUGGCACGUUCUCUGUCGAGAAGCAGAGUUCAUGAAGCUCAAGAUGCCCACCAAAAAAAAAUAUCAAGUCAGUCAAGGAAGUAAUGGUAUACGAGCAGUGAACGCAUUUAUCCAAAGAUUGUCUGCACCACUGACUCCCAAAGUCGAGGAGAAGUCCCCCCAGAGUGAGAAGCACAUAUGUUAUCCAUUCUCCAGGGAAAAACAGCACUUGUUUGAUCUGUCAGAUAGAGAUUCCUUCUUCGACAGUAAAAUUCGUGCCUCAAUCGUAUGCGAGAUCAUAAAACGAAUAAAGUGCAUAGGAGUGAAGGAUAUCAUGGGCAUUAACACGCUCAUUGCUCAUGGAGUUUACACAUCAGCCUACACUCUACAUGAUGGAGACAUCGAGGGAGUUGAUGCUGAACCAAACGAUAGAAAGGUGUUAUACGAGCAGUGGGCGAGAUUCAGCCUCUUCUAUAUGUACCAGCCCACCGGACUGAUCAGGAAGUACUUUGGAGAAAAAAUUGGCUUGUACUUUGCCUGGUUAGGUGUGUACACUCAAAUGCUGAUCCCAGCCUCAGUCAUCGGUGUCAUCGUCUUCUUGUAUGGCUGUAUCACUGUGGAUUCUGACAUUCCCAGUAUGGAGAUCUGUGAUGAAAGGAACAACAUCACCAUGUGUCCGCUGUGCGAUCGCGCAUGCAGCUACUGGAAGCUCGUCGAGGCUUGCGGUACUGCCAGGGCCAGCCACCUGUUCGACAACAUGGCCACCGUCUUCUUCUCCAUCUUUAUGGCGCUCUGGGCCACAAUGUUCAUGGAGCAUUGGAAGAGGAGACAGAUGAGGCUUAAUUACAUCUGGGACAUGACGGGCUUUGACGAGGAGGAGAGCCAACCGCGACCAGAGUAUGAGUUCCAUGUCAGGCAGAAGAGGCUGAAGAAAGAGAAGAGUAGCGAUGAAGGUCUAAAGCAUGGAAAACACAAGCUGACAUGCAAAGACAGGCUGCCAGCUUACAUGACCAUCCUUAUCAUGAUGCUCUUCUUGGUUUGCGUGACCUUCACCAUCGUGUUUGGAGUGAUCCUCUACAGGAUUUCUAUCAAGACAGCUCUACACAUGAGCUCCUCCUCCCCCUUUCGUUCAAACAUUCGGGCCACGGUGAAAACCACGGCGGCUGUCAUCAACCUCAUCAUCAUCAUCAUCAUGGACGAGAUCUAUGGAAUGGUGGCGCGUUGGCUCACUUCUCUGGAGGUGCCAAAAACAGACAAAAGCUUUGAGGAGAGGCUGAUUUUCAAGACUUUCAUCCUGAAGUUUGCCAACGCCUUCACUCCAAUCGUCUACCUGGCUUUCUUCAGAGGCAGGCUCAUUGGCCGGCCAGGCAACUAUUUGUACGUUGUCGGGAAUUACCGAAUGGAGGAGUGUGCUCACGCUGGCUGCCUGAUGGAGCUGUGUAUUCAGCUGUGCAUCACCAUGCUUGGCAAGCAGCUUAUCCAGAACAAUCUGUUUGAGCUUGGCAUUCCUAAAAUAAAGAAACUUCUUCGCCGCCGUAAGUCAAAGAGAGACGCUAAACAAGAAGAGGAGUUUUUCAAAACCCUGGCCCGACAUGAGAAAGACCACUUCCUCGACCCCUAUGUUGGCCUUAAUCCAGAGUAUAUGGAGAUGAUGAUCCAGUUCGGAAUGGUGACCUUGUUUGUAGCCUCCUUCCCUCUGGCUCCUCUGUUUGCGCUCCUGAACAACGUUAUUGAGAUCCGCCUCGACGCCAAGAAAUUUGUCUCGGAGUACAGACGGCCCAUUGCUGCUAAGGCUAAAGAUAUCGGCAUCUGGUACACCCUUCUGAGAGGACUGAGCAAAGUGGCAGUCAUAGUGAACGCGUUUGUGAUCUCCUUCACAUCUGAUUUCAUCCCCCGACUGGUUUAUCAGUACGUGUACAGUCCUGACGGAACGUUGCACGGCUUCGUCAACCACUCCCUCUCCUAUUUCAACGUCACGGACUUUCAGCCGAACACAGACCCGGUCGAGCCGAUGUUCCUGGGCUACAAAGUGGAAGUUUGCAGGUUUAAGGAUUACAGAGAUUCCCCAUGGUCGGAUUCCCCAUAUGAACUGUCGAGAGAAUUCUGGAAUAUUCUGGCAGCACGGCUGGCGUUUGUCAUCGUCUUUCAGAACAUGGUGAUGCUAAUGAGUGACUUUGUGGACUGGCUAAUCCCAGACAUCCCCAAAGAUAUCAGUUUGCAAAUGCACAAGGAGAAGAACCUGGUCGUGGAGCUCUUUAUGAAGGAGGAACAGGGAAAGAGGCAAAUGAGCAAGCGAAAGAGCAACCCCAGUCCGCAGUCACGCUCUCGAACGCCAUUGCAUGUACAAAUCAACAACCACUAGUCUGUGUGCCCAAGGUGGGAAGAAUACAUCUAUCCUUACAGCACAUCAGAAGUUUGUACGAAACGAGAUGAGCCGGCUUGUCUGAAAGUGUGAUGGUUACAAUGGUUUAAGGUGAAAUGUUACAUUGGAAGUGCAGCUCGCUGACUGGAGGCAGACGCAGGCACUGAGACUGUCUGGUUGUGAUCACAAGAGAUGUCUCAAGACUACCAUAUACCUUGCAGCUUAGCUUUUCUUUUUGUCUAGGUUACUUUGUAAACAUGUAAACGAAAUGCACAGACAUUUGUUGUUGUUUGUUAUUUUUAAUCAAUAUGCAAAUUAAGGUUUUUACUUAUUUACUGUUUGUGUGUCAUAUGAAAGUUUUCUAUGUAGUCAUUGUUUAUGUUUGUCUCAGUUAUAGAAAAGCUCACUCGCUUUUAUAUCGAUUUUAUUUAAACCAUACCUCAACAAAUAUCCAAGUUGUUGUUUUUUGGGGGUUUUUUUGUGUUUGUUUUUAAAAUCGCAUGUCCUCAUUAUGCCAUUCAAAGUUGUCCGUAAUAAAUGUGUCAUAAAAUCUAACACCAUUAUGUGCAAGGUCAUGCCUCAUAAAGCCACAGGUCUGUAAAUUGAAUGGUAAGUAAACCUGCAGCUUUUUUUCUUUUUGCUAGCAAAUUAUAGUGUUAUUGUAUAAUGCUAAGAAAUAAAGAAUUCUGACCCCUUAACAUAACUGACUGAUUCUGACUAACAGGAAUAGAUUCUUUUGAUAGCAAACUUGAAAUAUAAUAUAAAUGGCUGCACUGCAUUAAUAGUUAGUAAAGUAAGAGAAAAUGUAUAUUUUCUUCUUGGUCUUUUUUUAAAAUACAUUUCAGUAGAAGCAUCUGUAAUUUCAUUCAAAGGGUAUACUAGACUAGAUGGCAUUAAAACAAAUAAUUAGGUGCUUUUUUUUUUUUAGGUGCAUGAAUGUUUUUUGUACUUCUGAAAAUAUGUCUGCUGUCUUUUAAUACAUAUAUUAUGUAUAACUAUGACGUUUUUUUUGUGUUAGAACAUAGUGGACACAAUAACUGCAGCUCAAGAGGCCUUAACAAUGCGAAAUGUAUGUUGCUUUUUAAUAAUUAUUCUAAUUUUUACUUCAUUUGUCUGGCUGGGUGGGAUCAAAUCAUAAGUGGUUUGAUUCAGAGGUAUGUAGGUGUGUAUAUUUUAUUUUAUUUUAUUUUAUAAAUAUAUGUUUAAACAGAUAUACAU